AAAGUUUUUUUAAUACUCUAAAAAUACUAUUUACUGUUUUUAUAGAUACUAAGGACAUCUCAACUCUAUGAUGUCUAUAAUCUAUAAACAAGUGACGGUGCCAGGUUUUGCGGAGCCUCUUUGUUAAUGUGGCGGGGGUUGAAGUGGUAUAGGUUCCUCUAGUAAAAAUAAUUAUAUGGUAUAAAUAAAUAAAGAUACAAUUUUUUUCGUUUUAAAGUGGUAAUAAUAAUUUUUCUUAUGUAGAUUUUCUUAAUAAAAUAAUAACCUAACUACGCCAUUGUUAUAUGCAAGGCCUCUUAAAGUACGUACCCCACGAUUUUGUGUCGACACUGCUUUAAACCAUGCACGAUACUAAAAAUACAUUUUUAAAUAAAUAAAGUUUUAUCAGUAAUAAUCACUAGCAACAUUUGUAUUUUUGUAAAAAUAAAAUCUGUGUAUUUCUUCGAACAGUUGAUUAAUUUUUAUUUUUUUUAAUAAGUUUCUGGUGUACAGUUAUUAGGAAAUCUAAUAUGUCGUGUUUCUAAACAAAAUAUGUGAAACAUUUUUCACUUUUGUCUGCAUAUAGUGCUUUUAUUGCUUGUUAUUAAAUAAAAAUAGGCAUACUAAAAUUCGAAAUUAUUUCUGUAAAGAUUUAUAAAGCAUUAAACAAAUUGAUAUGAGUUCGAAAAAUCCAUUUAAUAUUAUUAAAUUAGCUUUGCCAUAUUGCAAUGAGAUUCCGGAGUCUGCCAAACAACUUUUACAAGCUGUUGAUUCUUUAAUUGAUUUAAAUGAAAAUGAAACAAAAAAAUUAUGGAAUUUGUUGUAUGUUUUUCUGAGAGAUUCAUUGAUCUCUAAUAAAGAUACAACUGAAGAUACUAAUAAAAUUGCCAGCUAUCAAUUCAUAUUAGAUCUUUCACAUCAUAUUAUUAUCAAUUCAGAUGAUAUAAAUCAUGUUUAUGAAAAUGAAGAACUAAUUAAAAUACUACUUUUAUUACAGAACUUAUACACAAAACAAUAUAAAACCAAGUUUAAAAUGGAAAUAAUUAAAAUGUGCUUAAGUUUUUGGAAAUUAAAUACAGCUGCUGCACAAGAUAAUACUAAAAUUCCACAAACUGAUGAUUUUUUAAACUUUAAUGGUGUUGUUGCAAAAAAUAUUGAACCAACUUUUAAUUACUUAUUUGAAACAAUUAAAGUAACUACAAAAAAAUGUGACAUGAAAAUUCUGUCAACAUUACUAUGGGAAUUUUGCAAGGAUCUUUCUUCAUUGUCAUCUAAUCGAGAUAUUUUAAGUUUUAUUGUACAUAACUUAGAAAAAAUAAUGAAAAGUCCCAUGUUUCUUGGAACAGAAACAGGAAAGUUGAUUAUUGCUGAAGUGUACACAGUUAAUCAUCAGUUAUUUAAAAGGUAUCAUCAAAUUGUCAAACAAAAUUUACCUAGUGCUAAAAAAAUUGAAGCUGAAGCAUACGGAGAAAUUUAUUUUAUUGGGUGGAUUAAUUCAAAUGCAUCUAUGAAAGAGGUUAUUGAGCAACAAGGAAUUUUUGAUUUAAUUAACAAAGUAUUUGUUCUAAAACGUACUGGGCUGUCAUUCAGUACAUUUAAAAACACAUUGUACAGUUUAAAAAUUAUGCAAAGUCAUAGAAAACAUCUAGUUUUUAGUAAAGUUGUAACAAAAUUAUAUGCACCAGUUAUUUGGAGAUAUAUAGGGAGUGAAUUUAGAGUUGUUCGAUGUAAUGCGAUUGAAAUUCUAACUGUAGUGUAUCCUUUGGAAAAAAGAGGUGAAGGCCGUGAAAAUUCUUCAAGAUUUUUAAUUAAACAACAGAAUGCAUUUUUAAAAUUAAUGGAGGAUAAUUGUCCUCAAGUUAGAAUAGCAGCAUUAAAAGGAAUUUGUUGUUGUCUUACAUAUUUCUGGAAUACAUUUGAAGAAGAAUGUUUAAAUCAGUGUUUUACAUUAUUUGCUCGACUUCUUGAAGAUAGUGUAUUUGAAGUACGACAAGUUAUAUUUUAUGGAUUUUGUCAACUUCUGGAAGAAUCAAAAUGCUUUAAUUACUUCAAGACUCCUGUGUUUAAAACUAAGUUAAAAAAAGUAUUAAACGAUGAAAAUGAAAAAGUUCGACGUGCUUUUAUACACUUUUUAUUAAAAGUAAAAAAAGUUGAUAGUAUACCUGAAAAUGAAAAUAAAAUAAAUUUUGCUAGCAUUGUAAAUUUGAGUGAUAUUGCUAGAGCACUUGAAAGUGAGAUUAAACCGAAUUGUAAACUGUUUAUUGAUUUAAUUUUUGAUAAUUUCAUUGGUGACCGAGUUCCUGAUCGAAAUGCAACACUUAUGAGACUAAUCAUGUUUUAUAAAUUAAAUCCCACUGCUUGUCGGAAGUUAAUGAUUUUUUCUAAAUCAAAAUUAGAUUUCAGUAAUGCCACAUCACUUAUUUUAUCCCUAUUGAAAACUAUUUAUAUGAUUUUUAAAAAGAAAGAAGGAAAAAUAAUAGACACUACUAAAGAAAAUCUUAGUUCUGAAAUUGAUGGAUCUAUAAGUGAUAACGAAAUGGAUAUUUAUAACUCUACCAAAAAUUCUUCUAAUUGCAGUGAAAAUUUAGAAAGUAAUCAAGAUGAACAGACUAAAGUUUGUUGCAUUUUAGACUGUGUUAGUUGUUUAAUGAUGGUUCAUCAUGAAACUUUUAUGGAAGAAAAUAAUCAAACUCAGUACAAAGAUGUUCAAAGUUCUUGUGUGUCUUGUUUGAUUAAAUUGUUAAAAUUUUAUAAGGAAGGUGAUGCUUAUUUUAGUGCAAUUAAUCUUGCAAGUUUACUACCAGUAUCAAAAUUAAGUUCACAUGUAUCAGUGUCAAGUUCAUUAUUAUCUACUUUAAAAAAGUUGCCUUAUGAUAUGAAAAAUAGCAAAGAAGAAGUUGAUAUGCGUAAAGUAAAUUGUUUAGUAUACACAUUAUGCAUGUGGAAAAGAGGUUAUGAAAUAUUGCAAUGUGUGACUAUAUGGUUUGAUGAAGCAUUUCGAUCUUUAGAUCUUAAUGAAUCUCAAUAUCCGGAAGUAGAUGUCAAUGAAAAAAAAAGAGUUAGGUUUAAAAUUGAUGUUGAUGAAUGUAAACCUAUGACAGGGAUACUUUUAGUCAAUUCUAUAUUAAAUAAUUUACAAACUCAAAGUCAACUUAUUGAAUCUGAUAUUAACAAAAAAAAUAUUUAUGAUUUAUUUGUAUACUUGAAACGAAUUAAGAUGGCAAUUGAAAAAAGAAUAUCAUCAAAUAAUGUUUUAGACAAUUAUUUACUGUCAGAUGAAGUUUUAAUUGAAUUAUUCAAAUUACAUAUAAGACUACAUGUUGUUUAUCAAAGCAAUAAAGGAGAGUCUGGCAAAAAAGAUACAAUUCAAUAUCAGUUAUCUAUUUUCAAUUGGAUUUUGAGUGAUUUAAUUGUUCAAAACUGGUAUGAAAAAAAUGAAAAUACUUAUUCAUUUGGAUCUAAUAUAAUCGAGUUUGUUAACUACUCAAUUUUCAAUUUGUGCUUGAUAUCCUAUGUAGAAAGUGACUUUUUAGAAGAAUACUUUGCAUUUUGUGCAUCCAUUAUCAACAGUCAUUUGGGCUCAAGAGUUAUUACUUCUACAUUGGGAACAUUGGCUGUAAUUUCGAAAUAUUUUAAAUAUUUAAAAAUCAUGAACAAUAUUUCAUCAUCCGAAAUAAAUUCUCUUAUAAAUUGUGCCUGUAGUGUUAUAUCUAUUCUUGGAGAAUCUAAAUAUACUGAAUCGCGAUUUACCAGCGUUAUAGGGGAACCGACUAACUUUCGACGUGAACUAUCUACAUUACUUUUACAUUUGUAUAGUGUUACUAUUGAAGAUUUUAAAAGAAUUUUUUAUUUACUUAUUGAAACAAUCAUACAUAUUAUUGCUUUUGAAAUUCGAGAGAUUGAUGAAAUAGAUACAAAUGAACAACUUACAGAUAUACCUUUUGCUGCAUACCAGUUAGCUACAGUGAUUUUGAAUAAUGUACAAUUAAGAAAAUAUUUUUCAAUGAAUUUAGUUGACAUAUUUGCAUCUAAUGCUUAUAAAAAUGAUUGUGUUAUACUAUUAUCAGCCAUUUCUUAUAUUUAUACACUAUCAUUUCAAAUAAAUAAAAUAAAAUCAGAGGUUUUAGAACCUGUUGUACAAGUACUAUAUACAAUUUUAAUGAAUCAAGAUACAAAUGCUCCUCUUGGUGAUAAUUGUACAGUUAACAAUCGUACAGCUGACAGAGGAACAUCAAUCCUAGAAACUUCGAGUUUUAGUCAAAACAACAUGAAUUUAAAACAGAAAGGAAGAGAUAUUCUUAUUGCAACGGCUAAACAGUUACAUAUUACAUUAACUCAGUAGAUUAUUUUAUUUUUAAUAAAUAGUUUCAUUUAUUAAGUUUAAUCAAAUAAUUAAGUUUCUUGCCUAAGGCAAAAUUAAAUGUGAAUAUUUUUAGGGUCAAUUUAUAUGAAACAAAGAUGAUUAAAAAAAAAUUUCUUGUAUAA